AUGCAAGCUUGCCCCAUCGGAUCCUCACGCCUAGCACCACUGAUGCAGGCGGCUUUGCUGCCAUCUGAGCCAUAUGCGGCCCCGCACACCAUCCGCACUAUUCGUCUACCAUCGCUAGCACCUCGCUUGCCGACGCUACCAAGCCUCAUGAGUACACUCGCGGCGCAGAGUGGCUACACUACAUCGUCACCGACCCUUCCAUCGUCGUCAAUCUCGUUCCUGCUGAACCCUCCGACUUGUCGAGCGUCGGAUGUACGCUACCCAAUUGACCAUCAUUUGCCCCAGCCGUACGUCCCCGUUACGUCGACUGCUCCGUCCAAUACUCUGUCCCACCCGUACGCAAACCCUGCUUCCUUGUUGCAUAUGACGACAAACAUGCUUCAGCCGCAAAGUGCUCUACCACAACCUAAGAAGAAGCGUAAGACACGCAUCUGCAAGUCAGAGGGGUGUGAGAAGUACGUGGUGGACCGCGGGCUGUGUAUCCGUCACGGUGGUGGCAAGCGCUGCUCCAUGGAGGACUGCAACUGUCGCGCACAGAACCGUGGACUGUGCUGGAAGCACGGCGGCUACACGCGCUGUACGGUGGAGGGCUGCACAAAACGUGCCAAGUCGCGGGGCAUCUGCUGGUCCCAUGGCGGCGGCACUCGUUGCAAGCACGGCGAGUGCUUGAAGAUUGCGGUAUCGCACGGUUUGUGCUGGGCACAUGGCGGUGGCAAGCGCUGUCUGGUGGAGACAUGUCAGAAGCCUGCAUACGAGCGCAAUGGCAACUUGUGUGCCGAGCACUGCGCACAGCGGACAGAGUAG